AGGGCAGUUCUGAAAUCUCACUGCCAGGAACCAAACCACACUCUCAGCAUCGUCCCGCCAAGGGGUUUAAAGGUUUUCUUCCCCUUCCCGGAGCUAGAAUUGAGUGUCAGAGACAAAGAGACCUAAAAAAAUGAGCUUCGCCGCAUACCGAAUGAUGCAUUUGCCGACCGGCGUAGAGAACUGCGCCGCCGGCUUCAUCACGCAUUCCGCCGCUGAUUUCUUUCCCCUGGUCCAGACGGAAGACCUCGAUUCCGACUGGCCUUCUCCCAAGCCGAUUGGCGCUGUCCCCAAUCUCGUCGUCUCCUCUGCUAAUGUCCUAGAAAUUUAUGCUGUUAGGCUUCAACAGGCCACUGUCAGAGAAUCUAACAAGCCGCUGGAAGCCAAGCGAGGCGGAGUGAUGGAAGGAAUUUCCGGUGCUUCCCUGGAGCUCGUCUGCCAUCACAAGUUACACGGCAAUGUUUACUCCAUGGAGGUGUUAUCAGCUGGAGGGGUUGACAGUGGGAGGAGGAGGGACUCCAUAAUUUUGGCGUUCGAGGAUGCAAAGUUUUCCGUGCUCGAGUUUGAUGAUUCCAUACAUGGUCUUAGGACCAGCUCAAUGCACUGUUUUGAAGGUCCAGACUGGCUUCAUUUAAGAAGAGGUAAAGAAUCAUUCGACAGAGGUCCAUUUGUAAAGGUUGAUCCACAGGGUAAGUGUGCUGGAGCUUUGGUUUUUGAGCAACAGAUGAUAAUACUCAAAGCUGCUGAGGCUAGCACUGCUUUAAUUGGCAAAGAUAGUGCACUGAAUGCGGGAGGUGCAUCUUCUGCUCGUAUUGAGUCUUCUUAUAUCAUCAAUUUGAGAGAUCUUGAUGUGAAGCAUGUUAAAGACUUUACAUUUGUUCAUGGUUAUAUUGAGCCUGUAAUGGUUAUCCUUCACAAAAAAGAGCUUACUUGGGCUGGCCGUGCAUCAUGGAAACAAAACACUUGUAUGAUUUCAGCAUUCAGUAUCAGUACAACACUGAAGCAGUCUCCAUUGAUAUGGUCACAUUCUAGUUAUCCACACGAUGCAUAUAAGCUUCUUGCAGUGCCUUCUCCUGUUGCUGGAGUUCUUGUACUUGGGGCAAACACUAUUCAUUAUUAUAGUCAGUCAGCUUCAUGUGCUUUGGCUCUGAACAAUUUUGCUCUCUCUGUUGAUAGUACAGAAACUUCAAGAGCUUCUUUCAGUGUGGAGCUUGAUUCUGCUAAUGCCACUUGGUUGACAAAUGAUGUUGUGAUGCUAUCAACAAAGACAGGGGAACUUCUUUUAUUAACACUUAUACAUGAUGGAAGAGUUGUGCAAAGGCUGGAUCUUUCUAAGUCCAGAGCGUCAGUGCUUACAUCAGGAAUCUCUACUGUUGGGACCUCAUUGUUCUUUUUGGGCAGUCGAUUUGGGGAUAGCUUGCUUGUGCAGUUUACUAGUGGUUUAGGAGCACCAAUGUUGCCUUCAGGUGGAAAGGAUGAGGCUGGAGAUAUUGAAAAUGAUGUCCCUUCUGCGAAGAGGCUGAGGAGGUCUUCGUCUGAUGCAUUACAAGAUAUGCUCAAUGGGGAAGAGCUGUCAUUGUAUGGUACAUCACCAAAUAAUGCACAGUCAGCACAAAAAACCUUCUCAUUUGCAGUGAGGGAUUCUUUGAUCAAUAUUGCCCCCCUGAAAGACUUUUCACAUGGUUUGAGAAAAAAUGCUGAUCCAAAUGCCACUGGAGUUUCUAAACAAAGUAACCAUGAAUUGGUGUGUUGUUCUGGCCACGGGAAGAACGGCGCUCUUUGUGUACUCCAGCGAUCAAUUCGCCCAGAAAUCAUUACUCAAGAAUCGUUGCCUGGUUGCAAGGGAAUUUGGACUGUUUAUCACAAGAGCACGCGCAGUAACCUUAAUGAAUCAUCAAAAAUUGCAGAUGAUGAUGAUGAGUAUCAUGCAUAUUUGGUUAUUAGUUUGGAGACUCGCACUAUGGUUCUGCAGACUGCCAAUAGUUUGGAGGAGGUUACUGAAAAUGUAGAUUACUAUGUUCAGGGAACAACUCUAGCUGUUGGAAAUUUAUUUGGGAGGCGUCGUGUUAUACAAGUGUUUGGUCACGGUGCUCGAAUUAUUGAUGGAACCUUUAUUACUCAAGAGCUGAGUUUCAAGGCUUCCAACUUGGACCCCUCUUCAGGUUCUGAGGGUAUUGCAGUAUGUUCUGCUUCAAUUGCUGACCCCUAUGUCUUGCUAACCAUGACAGAUGGAAGUAUUCAGCUUCUCAUUGGUGAUCGUUCUACAUGCACUAUUUCUACUGCUACUCCAGCAAUAUUUGGAAGUUCAAAGAAGUUAAUUUCUUCUUGCACACUCUUUAGUGAUGAAGGUCCUGAGCCGUGGCUUCGCAAGACUAGUACUGAUGCUUGGCUUUCUACUGGCGUUGAAGAGGCAAUUGAUGGUGCUGAUGGUAUAUCUCAUGAACAAGGAGAUGUGUACUGUGUCGUUUGUUAUGAAGAUGGUAAUCUUGAAAUCUUUGAUGUGCCUACUUUUAGUUGUGUUUUCUCUGUGGAUAAAUUUGUGUCUGGAAGGAGCUACCUCAUUGACACCUUAAUCCAACAAGAUCCAUCUCUUGGUUCUAGUCUAAAAAAUUCCGGUGAUGUUACCGGACAUGGAAAAAAGGAUGACAUUCAGAACAUAAAAGUAGUUGAAUUGGCCAUGCAGAGGUGGGUAGGGCAACAUAGCCGCCCUUUUCUUUUCGGAAUAUUAUCUGAUGGAACUAUUCUCUGCUACCAUGCCUACAUUUUUGAAGGUUCUGAAAAUUAUUCACAAAGUUCUACAAAUCUCAGUACUGCUAGUGCUUCUAGGCUUAGAAAUCUAAGAUUUAUACGAGUCCCACUUGAAAAUUAUGCAAGGGAAGAGAUAUCACCUGGAAAAUCAUUACAACGUAUAAAUAUUUUUAAGAAUGUUGGUGGUCUACAAGGAUUGUUCCUUGCGGGGUCAAGGCCAGCUUGGUUGAUGAUGUUCCGUGAACGACUCCGAAUGCAUUCCCAGCUUUGUGAUGGACCUAUUGCUGGCUUUGCUGUUCUUCACAAUGUUAAUUGUAAUCAUGGGUUUAUAUAUAUAACUACACAAGGCACUCUAAAGAUUUGCCGACUUCCACCUCACUUUUCCUAUGACAACUAUUGGCCAGUUCAGAAGAUUCCAUUGAAGGGGACUCCACAUCAAGUCACUUAUUUAUCUGACAAGAAUUUAUAUCCGCUAAUAGUUUCAGUUCCGGUCCUUAAGCCCCUUAAUCAGGUUAUUUCUUCUCUGACUGAUCAAGAUGCUGGUCAGCAACCUGAUCACGAUAACUUAAAUUUUGAAGGGACUUAUCAAAUUGAAGAGUUUGAGAUUCGGAUCAUGGAACCUGAAAUAUCUGGUGGACCAUGGCAGACAAGGGCAAGUGUUCCUAUGCAAAGCUCUGAAAAUGCUCUGACUAUUAGAGCUGUGACACUACUUAAUACCACAAAAAGAGAAAAUCAAACACUUUUGGCUGUUGGGACGGCUUAUGUGCAAGGGGAAGAUGUUGCUGCAAGGGGUCGUGUGCUUAUAUUUAAUGUUGAAAGGACAAAUGACAACACUCGGACCUCGGUCUUGGAAGCCUUUUCCAAGGAGUUUAAGGGUGCUAUUUCUGCUCUUGCUUCACUUCAAGGUAAUUUGUUGAUAGCUGCGGGCCCUAAGAUCAUCUUGCACCAAUGGACGGGUUCAGAACUUAUUCCUAUUGCCUUCUAUGAUGUCCCCCCUCUUCAUGUUGUGAGCUUGAACAUUGUGAAGAAUUUCAUACUUCUUGGAGACAUUCACAAAAGCAUAUAUUUCCUCAAUUGGAAGGAGCAAGGGUCUCAACUCGCUUUAUUGGCUAAGGAUUUUGGGUCGCUUGAUUGUUUAUCAACCGAGUUUUUAAUUGAUGGAAGCACUCUUAGUCUUGCAGUCUCAGAUGAUCAAAAGAAUAUUCAGAUAUUUUAUUACGCACCAAAGAUGGCAGAGAGUUGGAGGGGACAGAAGCUUCUGUCCAGGGCAGAGUUCCAUGUUGGUGCCUCCAUUUCCAAGUUCUUGCGGUUACAGCUGCUUCCAACUUCAUCUGACCGAACUGGAACGGACAAAACAAAUCGCUUUGCUCUAUUAUUUGGUACACUGGAUGGUGGGCUUGGAUGCAUAGCUCCUUUGGAAGAACUCACUUUCCGUAGGCUUCAGUCUUUGCAGAAAAAGCUUGUGGAUGCUAUUCCCCAUGUGGCAGGACUGAACCCGAGAUCUUUCCGGCUGUACCGGUCUAAUGGAAAGGCUCAUAGGCCCGGGCCCGACAACAUUGUAGAUCUCGAAUUGCUUUUCCAUUAUGAGAUGCUGAGUUUGGAGGAGCAGCUUGAGAUUGCCCAGCAGAUUGGAACGACUCGCACCCAGAUUAUGUCCAACCUUAAUGACUUUACCAUUGCCACAAGCUUCUUCUAAUCCUAAUACUGUAAGUCUGUACUACAUUUAACUGGAAAACACAAGGGAAAGAAAAAGUUACCCUCAUCUUCUCUGUAUAUGUAUAUAUUUUCUUUCUUUUAUUAGAAGAAGAAUUAAACCAUCUUGUAUUGAUGUUGUGACUCUUCUUGCUGCUGAAAUUGCGCAAUUUUGACGUGGUAAGAGGGAAACUAGGAAAUCAGAGUGUUGUAAGGGACAGUUUCUGAUCGAUUAAAUUUGCUAUGUGUUACGAAUCAAAUCAUGUGGAUCAAUGUUAAAAGUAAUAUCACACCUUGAUGGAAUGAAUGAAUUGCUGAGUUCUAU